AUGCGUAUCUCCUCCUCCCUCCUCGUUAUCCUCGCUGCCAUCAGCGCUGCCAACGCUGCUGCGGUUGACUCGGCGCUCAACCCCAAGCACCGUCUGGUUCGCGUCCAAAAGGGAGCUGCCCACGCCAACGCGCUCGAUGCCGCCAACGUCAAGGCCGACGCCGUGGACCUCCAGAAGCUCCAGCACCUCGCCUCUGUGGCCGCCAAGCGCAGCGUCGAGCUGAGUGCACUCGGCACUGCCGGCGCCCACGUCGAGGCCGGCCGUGUCAAGAACGUCGCCGGCAUCCUCCACACCCUGACCGCCUCGCUCGAGGCUCACAUCCAGGCCGCCGCCAAGGUUUCCGAGAUCAAGGACACCAAGAAGGCCACCGCCAAGGUCAACGCCAUCCUUGGCCAUGUUCAUUCGACCCUCGCUCACGGUGUCGUCAGCGUCGGCGGUGUCAAGACUUCCGCCACCCACUCUGUCCUCGGCCGUCGCGACCUGCUCGGCUCGCUCGACCUGAGCGUCGUUGGCAGCCUCCUCGGCAAGGUGGACGGAGCCGAGGCUCUCAUCUCGCUCCUUGCCAGCCUGCACCUCGACGCCGUCCUCGGCGGCGACGUGUUCUCGAUCCUCGCCAACCUCAACGUUGUGGCGGCGCUCCACGACGUCGUCGGCAUCGAGUGCGUUCUCGAGGCCAUCCUCAAGAUCGGCGAAUCGGUCACCGUUCUCGAGGCUUUCCAGCAGCUCGAGGACCCCGUUGCCUUUGUCCAGGCCAUGGUUCAGAUCAAGAGCGUCGUCGAGCUCGUUGCUACUGCCUCGGGCGAGACCGAUGCUAUCGGCAAGGUCGAAGGCGGCGUCAAGCUCGCCGCCUAUGUUGCCAAGUUUGGCAGCGAGAGUGUCAAGCGCAUCCUCUGCAUUAGCGGCAUCGAGGGCGUGCUCGAGGCCAUCAUCAAGGUGCCUGGCUCGUUCAAGCUGCUUGCUUCGCUCAAGACGGUCACGGAUGUGUCGGGCUUCGUCAGCGGCCUGGACGCCGUGUCGAGCGUCACCUCGUUUGUCGCCUCGGUGCAGGCUGUUUCCGACGUGACCUCGCUCUCGGGUGCGGUCACUGGCGCCGCCGGCAUCACCGGCGUUGUCGGCAUCAAGCGCGAGCUUCCUCUGGGCGUCGGCGAUACUGUCGAAGGUCUUGACGUCGACCGCAUGGUUCAGCUCAAGCGCGCCAUUGCGCACCUCGCUGCUCUGCCGCAGUCGGGUGUUGCCUCGGGCGUGGAGCAGACUGCGCAGACCCAGGCGGUGGACAACGCCGAGAAGACGGUGAACGGUCUCGACGUGGCUCAGCUCGCCGUCCUCAAGCGCUCCAUCGCUGCGCUGUCCGCCCUUUCGGACAGCGACAUUGCGGCCAUCGAUGCCGCUGCCAAGCGCGACAUCCUUGCUGUUCUGCCCGUCGGCACGGCUGGUGGUGUCCUUGGCGACGCCGAGUCGACCGUGGCUCAGAUCAAGCGCGACGUGCUCAACACGGCCGACUCUGCUACCUCGAGUGUCACCACGAUCCCUGGCUCGAUCCUGUCCAGCGUCGACCUGAACCGCAUCUCUUUCGUCAAGCGUUCGCAGCUGCUCACUCCAGUUCAGGGUGUGGUUUCGUCGAUCGACGCCGACAGGAUCGUGGCUGGCCUCAAGCGUGCGAUUGCUGACGCCGAUGCUUCGCUGCCCAGCUUCCUCGUCAAGGGCUCCAGCGUCGGUGUGCACGAGCGCUCGGUUCCUGCCGGUGUUGCUGGUUCGGCCGACAUCAGCGUGUCGCUCGACCUGCUCGAGGAGGUCGUCAAGACGCUGCUGUGCGACAUCAAGGAGCUCCUGUGCAAGCUCACCGAGAUUGUCGACUCGAUCCACGUCGACGAGGUGGUGUGCGAGAUCAAGCAGUCCAUCCUGCCACUCAUCGAGCGCCUCGCCUUGACCAUCGCCUCGUCGCUCACAGUCAAGGUCCCCUCUAUCGAUGUCAAGCUCGAGGCCAUCCUUCAGCUCGCUACCAAGACCGCCAAGUCGCUCCCUUAA